AUGGCAACGGCCUUCAUCAAAUGGCUCGAUGCAAAAAGGCAGUCUUUUGUGGACAAUAAUCCUCAACGGAUCGCCGAAACUCGCGUCAAUCGAUCUGCAGGCAAGAAGCAAAUACUUCUCGAUCAGGCGCUCGAAGACUUCAUCACGGAUACGAUGGUGCCUCUCCGAGUCGUGGAACGGGACUCAUUCAAGAAACUUCUAGAUACCCUCGAUUUCAAACGGAAUGGCUUCAAGCUGAUGAGCAGACGUACCCUGGGCCGAAGGCUCGGAAAAGCUCUCGCCGAGUAUCAGAAGCACUUACGGAAUCUCUUAGCGGAGCCCACAUGGGUCUCGACGACGGCAGACGUUUGGUCGGGCGGCCAGCGGUCUUUUUUGGGCAUGACUGUCCAUUGGAUAGACGCGCAGUACAACCGGCGAACGGCCCCACUGGCUUGUCAGCGGUUCCCCGGAUCACAAACAUAUGACAGGGUCGCGAGUCUCGUCAAUGAAAUUCACAGGAGAUUCUGCCUGUCGCCUUCAAAAGUCACCGCUUGUGUCACGGAUAACGGAUCCAACUUCGUUAAGGCUUUCGUCGAGUUCGGUGUACUUGUUUCCAAUUUGGAUGAGCUGGAUGCUGAACGCGAUGAGACCAACGAGCAGGAAAACUCAGACGACGACGGGACGGAUCAAAGCCGAGCUGAAGAUGAUUACCAGAAUCGAGAGUCCGAGUACGACAGCAGCUGCUAUGAUGAAGAGGAGUACGCGAGCUCACAAGAAGGACAUACGACAGGAGACACUGAAGAUGAGGAUCAAGAGAACGAGCAGGAAACAGGCGAUCAAUUGGACACCGGAUCGUGGGUUAGCCUGGACGAAUCGACUGUGCUGACCCUGCCUGCGCACGCCCGUUGCGCAGCCCAUACAUUAAGCCUCUGUGCGACGAGUGAUGUGAAGAAAGUUUUCAAUUCUGAUGCAGCAUUGAAACUUCGCCACGAAUUGGUCAUCGCAAGAUGCAAUAUUUUGUGGAAUAUGGCUCGUCGACCAAAAACAGCAGAGAUCAUCAAAAAUAUGACGGGCAGGAGCCUUCCUCGCCCGUGUGCUACUCGCUGGAACAGUUUAUAUGAUUCUCUUCUCGCCCUGCUGAAAUUGAGGUAUGAUCUGCCUCGAUUGAUGGCUGCUCUGCAGCGGGAGAGUCUCUUUUCUGAUGAAGAUUUCGCCUACAUUGAGGAAUAUAUCAAGUGUUCGAAGCCCGUUGCCGUGGGCCUGGAUAAGCUGCAAGCUGAGAAAACAGGAUUCUACGGUGCGUUGGUUCCAACGCUGCACAUGAUUAGAAGGCAACUAUCAGACGUCGCUAGGGCUCCGUUACGAUUCUGCAAACCAUUGCUUGACGGAUUGAUCCAAAGCGUGGAGAAGCGCUUCAAAAAUAUUCUCGACUGCCGAACAGUCGAAGGCCAGAAGAGCGCUAUCGCGGCACUUUCGAUGCCACUCUUCAAGAAUGCGUGGUGCAGGUGUAUCACACCGGAGGAUCAGAGCUACAUUCUCGGUAGGUUCAGAGAGCUGAUUCGUGCUCAGAUUGGGACGGAGUCGUCAGAAACUGAGCCCGAGCCUAUGGAGACGGAUGAUUACUACGACUUCGGGGGUGAGGCCACGAGCUCGAGUGCGACAUUGAUGCAGGUCGACAGCGCCGAAGUCGCAAUGCAGAACUAUCUGGGGGAUGCUCGCACAGCCCUAGUCAUGCUCGAAAAACAUCCGCUUAUAGCGCCGAUCUUCCGCCAAUAUAACACUCAGCCUCCGUCUAGCGCGGAGGUUGAGCGGUUGUUUUCAUUGGCCACAAUGAUUAAUGCUCCUCGAGCCAACCGUCUUAGUGAUGCGCGCUUCGAGCAAAGAGUUGUAUUGCGCAAAGCAAUGCCUGUUUUCGAUUUCUAA